AUGAGCGAUGAAGAUGAGCCGCUGAAUUUUUCAACUUCAAGAAUAAAUGGUGAGUGUUUAGAUUUCCAUAGGUUUUUAGCGAAUACGUGGGUUAGCGGGCGCGGCGGAAAUUAAAAAAAGCUACUGCGCCAGCAAUUUUUUGCCUCAUCACAAGCCAAAAAUCUUUCUACCUGGAAAUGACAGGAAAUUAUGUGUCGUUGAAUCAGAAUGCAUUGCAUAUGACACCUUUUUUUUCGAGAGGUGCGGUGCGGUGAAAAAUAAUUUUCGCUGUUCGAUUAUUAUGGCUACUAAUUUUUCAGAAGAUUCAAAUUCGUCGCAAAUGAAUGUGAAGGAGAAUAUGAUGGCGAUGCGAUCGAUAUUCAAUUCGCCUAUGAUUUUUCCCACGCCACUUUUCAAUCCUGGUUAGUUUGAGAAAAUUUUGUUCAUAGAAAAAUAGGGGAAAUAUUUGGGAGACUUGUGAAAAGAUUCUAACAUUAAAUUAUGCUUCAUGUUAGUACACAGGUUUUAGUUUUGAUGAACUCUUUUUCUCACAAACAACCAAAUUUGAUGAUUUAUUUUCCAUUUACGUGGAUCAUCCUUCUUUUUUUUUUUUGAAAAAACAUGAAAUGCUGAUUUUUUUACUCAUGUGACAAAAUCAUCAAUUUUGGUUGUUUUUCAGAAUUCGUGAGCUUUUUGAAAAAGAAAAGUUGAUCUCUUGAUCUUGGAAAAUCUAAGGUUUUUAAAAAUUUUCAAAAAUUGACAGGAAAAAUUAAUUUCGAAGUAAAAAGGUUUUCACAUGAGGCUCAUAAUUUUGAAUUUGAAAAUCAAUAUUAUUUUCUCUAGUAUCAAAGAUUUCUUGAAGUCUUCAACAGACCACAGAAAACUUUUCAGAGAAAAAAUCGAUUAUUCAAAAUUUCAUAUUUUCACAAAUUAUUCAAAAAAUCACGUACAAAAAUUCCUAUUUCAUAGAAUUCAUCCAUCACAUGAGCUCUUUUGAUCUCCACCCUCAAACAAAAAAAAAUCAGAAAUUCCCGGAAAAACAAAGCAAAACAAUAGUGAUAGUAUAUUAUGUUAAAAAUGAGGAGGAAGCCUUUUUUUUUCAAAAUUUCACACGAAUUUGGAAUUUAGAUUCUAGAUUGUGCUAUGCUGUGUGUUUAUAUUAUAAACCAAAAUUUAAUCUAGUUUACAUUUUUUUCCUUGUCUACAUUCCACAUUUUUUUUCUAGAAGGUGUUUUUUAUAUUCAGCUUUGAAAAUACAAUUUUUUUUUGAAUUUGCGUAGGAAAAAGGGUUGGAUUGAAAAAUGAGUAAUCAAAAAUUAGGAUAAGUUUACAAUUUUGUUUUUGGGGAAAAAGGGACUUUUGACCUUCAUUUUUUGUUGGUCUUUUUUCAAUGUCAAAGCUUUUUCCUUUUUGAUAAAAAAAAGCAUUCUCGUCCUUGGAUUUUGAGUUCAAAAUUUCGAGAUUAAAGGCCACGGAUUAUAAUGAGGAAAUUAAAAUUUGAAAAUGUUAUGAAAAAAUUAGAAAACACCUACAGUACCUUGUUUUUCGAAUGAAAAGUUUUUCAAGGUCAAAUAACAGGUGGUUAACAAAUAUUUUCAAUAAGAAAAAUUUUGCAAUUUGAAAACAACAUUCAAAUUUUUUCUUACGGUAGUUCAGGAUCAAUAAAAAUUAUUUUUGCUUUCGGGUUGACCAUUUAAAGGUUCUCAUGUUAGAUUAAAAGAUCCCAAUCCAAAUCUCUAAAUAAAAUUCCAGGAAUGAUGAAUCCACAUAUCGCAGCAGCCAUCGCAAUGUCAAUGAAUCAACAUCACCAACGUCAAGCGGCCAACAUCUCGCCACCAGUCAUCACCGAUCACACAACAAUUUCCGUCAACAACUUUCCAACCAUCUCCGGUGUCCUCAAAUCCGAAUCUCCACCCUUAUCUUCUUCGCCAACACUUUGCUGUGCAGUUUGUGGUGAUAUAAGUAGCGGUAAACAUUAUGGAAUUUUGGCUUGUAAUGGGUGUUCAGGAUUUUUCAAGAGGUCUGUGAGAAGGAGAUUGAUUUAUCGAUGUCAGGCUGGAACUGGAAAUUGUGUUGUUGAUAAGGCACAUCGGAAUCAAUGUCAAGCUUGUAGAUUGAAGAAGUGUUUGAGUAAAGGAAUGAAUAAAGAUGGUGAGUGAUUUUGGAAUGAAAGCUAAUCUUUAGGCUGAUGAAACAUAAUUUUUAGCAUCAAAUUAAUCUAGUUCAAAAGAAAAAAAGUUUAGAAGUUAUUUGUUUUUUCGAGAUUUUUUAAAUUCAAAAAAAUUAUAGUUCCACGAUUUCUUCCAGCCGUUCAAAACGAGCGUCAACCUCGAAACACUGCAACAAUCCGCCCUACCAUCGACAUGGAUCCUCAAAACUUUUUCCGUGAAUACGCGGGAGCUGUAUCUGCAAUAAUGGGCCAUCCAAUUGUAAAAAGAGAAGAUUCGCCGAGUAGUGCAAGUGAUGGAAAAACAGAGGAUGAGAAAAAGGAUAGUUAUCAAGAAGCGGUUUGUAAACUUUUGGAAAAUGUGUUUUUAUGGAUGAAAUCGCAAGAUCAAUAUAAAUGUUUGGUGGAAUCGGAGAAGGUGAGAAGAAUGGGGUGAAUCUUGGUUUCAGCUUGACCUUCGAGAAAAUCAGUAAUACUGAUUUAGGUGCAGAAAAUCGAACUAGUUUCUGAAAAGCUCAACAUUAGAUUUACAUUUAAAAAUCAGAAAAUCAAGUCGAAUCACCUGAAAUCUCAAAACUUUAUAAAAAAUUUGUCAACAAAAAAUCGCAAUCCCUUGAUGUUUCCAGCGUCAAAUCUUGCUAACCCAAUGGCCACUCCUUCUCUGUAUCUCAAUUUGCGAACAAGAUUGCGAUGAAGUGCUCUUCGACGAGCAAAUCCUGCAAAUGAGUCAAAAAUUCCGUCAUCUAAAAGUGGACAAAAGUGAAUUCCAAAUUCUGAAAACCAUCGCAACCUUCAUGAAAUGUGAGUUUUCUUCCAACACACACACACAAUUCCCAGAGGGUCAUCGAAAAUGAACAACAAAUAGCAUCAAUCUACAGUAAGCCAACAUAGGUUGGCAGUGAGUGAGUGAGUGAAAACCCAUUUCUGACGCGCAAUUGAGUUAUCCUUUUUGGCACACCACGCUGUUUUGUUUGUUACUCUCUCGGCCCCAACUUUUUUCCAUUAACUCUUUCUCUCGGGAUUCUUCUUCUCCUUUUUUAGUGUGUGUAAGCCCGAAAAAGGGAGGAAAAUUGACAUUAUUUACUUUGUUUCCGGAUAGGUUUUUAUUUGGGGAAGAAUUGGGAAGAAAGUUAUAGGGGGGAUGAGCGAAAUUUGAUAUUUUUGAAAUGAAAAAGUAUGAAGUGAGGUAUGAUUUUUUGUGAAAAACAUUUGGGGAUUUUCCGAUUUUUCGAAAAUCUUGAUUUCUAAUUUCCUUUCUGUUUCUGAUUUUUGAUGACAUUUGAUUUCGGAAAGCAAUUUUAAAAUUGAAAAUCUUGUAAAAAUAAAUUGAAAUUUUUCGACAAGCAAAAAUUGAAAUUCAAAAUGUCAAGCUGUUUUACUUUCCAUGUUUUUCUGGAGCAAUGUAUGAGAUGUUUUGAAAAUUAUCUACAGUAAUCUACCGUAAGACAACAAAAAAAACUAAAAAAUGUUUUCCAGCCUCUGACGACACUUUGACACAAUUCGAAAAUCAACUUGAUGACGCAAUUUGCACGCUUCAACAAUCUUGCACAAAAGGAGACUCAUAUCAGCCUGCAAGGUAUUCUUCCUAUUCUCCAUAAGCUACAGUACCCUACAGUACUAUUUUCCAGAUUUGGCAAACUUCUCCUUCUCCUUUCCGAUGUUCAGCAUUAUCCAUUAAGCAAUUUUGAAACUUUAUUGGAAGGUCGAAUCACUUAUUUGAUAAAUCAAUAUUUAUAA